CCAGGUGUUUAUCAUUCGUUUAACGCAGUAGAUGAAGAUUACUAUCCUCUUCUGCUGACUCUCAUGCUAAGAUGAAGGUAUUUCAUGCGAAGAUUUUACAUGUCCUGCUAACGUUUGGACUGAUAGCGGCCAAUGUCGUUAAUGGUAGCCCCUUGCAAAAGAAACUGAAAAAGGGUAAGAUAAACAACUGUUCUUGUUUUAAAAACUGAAAUUGUAUAAAAAACCGCAUGGCUGAUUCAUAUAACAGGAACCGCAAGACCCAGAUUGAAGGGAGGAAAACCUUACCUUUAUAUCGUUGACUGGCUGUUUACGUCUUUUAUCGCCGUUUUUGCGACCAUUUCCGCCAGAAAUCAAAUUCUUGUAUUAAAGAACUACACAUUUUACCUUGUUACGAGAUAAAAAGACUGUUUUAACAGUUAUAGGGGUCUUCUGUUUCAUGGAGAAGAACUUACUCUCUUCCGGGUCAUCAAACCUAGCUUAUAGUUAAAAAUAAAGUCAGAAAAAAUUUGAGUUUUCGGAGUGCUUUAAUGAAUCACGCUGUACAUAAAAUAAAGCUAAUCUCUGGCAAUUAAUUAUUGAUUGAAUUUCCUUAAAUGUUCUUUGUGUAAAAAAAAAAUUUAGGAAAAUAAAUUAAAACGCUUGUUUGGAAAGUUUUUUUUUCUUAAAAGUAAUAGGUCAAGAAAAAUAUCUCAAAUCUCUUCAUCGGGCUCUUUAAAUACCAACGUCUGUGUGAUAGAUGGGUUCUUCGCUAGAUUGUUUUAAUUUAUUUGCAUUAGAUGCUCGUUUAAAAUAUAACACGCUUGUAAAACUUUUCAGCACAAUAUCAUGGAAUAUCUCAAGAUUGACUUGGAUUUCCUCUGUAUAUAGACGAGCCUGUAGGCGAGUGCAUAUACCUAGAAAAUUUACAUGCAAGUGACAACUGAGAUGAUCUAUGAAAUACCACAACAAAGUUGUUAGAUAACUUAUUUUCUCACAUAGCCAUGACCAGAGUAUCAUGAGGGCAGUUUCAUUUUAAAUGUUUUUGUUGUUGCUGUUGUUGUUUCCACCAGCUAACAGGAAAGAUAUCUCAGGGAACCGAAAAACUGUUUACGGUGGCAAUGCGAACGAAUGCUACAGAAAAAACUUUGCAGGAAAUUUACCGCCAGUAGGUUUGCGAGAUCCAAUGAAUUUCUUCAUAAAAUACAUCUGUCAAAAAGAUUACCAGGACGAUGGAACCCACUAUGGAACAAUGUUCGACAGGCAAUUUGGAAUUCCAGUAUACUCGGCUUACACUCUCACGGAAGAUAAGGUAGACUUCAAAGAAUGGACACGCCCAAAGUGGAGACAAACCCAAGGUAUUUAUUCAAGUUUCCGAUAGUAAGCUGAUUUUAUUACAUAGGACUUUUUUACGUUUUUUUUUAAUGAUGGUAUAGUUUGGUGCAGCUACUGUUUUUUUGUACUUGCUGUAGAUUGUCUUUUUCGGUCUCGUUUGUGUAGUUCUGGAAUAGCUCUAACGUAGUUUGUUUGUUGCAGUUUGGUUUAGCAGGCGUCCACAACAUCAAUAUUAAUAUUCUCAACAAUAGCAGUAGAUCUGUUUGACAUAAUUCAUGUUCUUUUUAAGGUAUUGCGGAACAAGGAAGCGACCAGAUCUAUCCCAGCCUACCAUUUCAUCGAGGGCACUUGGCACCCGCACAUACUUUAUCAGAUACAGGCCGUGAUGGUGCCGGCUUCCGAUCCACUUUCGUGUACACGAAUGCAGUGCCACAGCGACCAGCUUUUAAUAGCGGUCAGUGGUCUCAGUAUGAGAGAAUGAUACGUGACUAUGCUACGGAUCACUGCACUAAGGAUGAUGGAACUUUAUACCUCCUCACUGGAACUUCAUUUGUUAAUUGGGAUCCAAAUACAGAUAGUAAUUUCAUCAAUGAUCCAAGUAGAGCACCUAAAUUGGCUAAUAGAGAUCUUCCUGAAAUUCCAGCUAUAACAGUCCCCAGUUCUCUGUGGACGGCCGGCUGUUGUGUCAAAGGUGGUGUUGCCGUGGGGAGUUUUGCAGUGUUUGGAAACAACAGGGUAGAUCCAAAGGAGACUUUUACUCAACAAGUCUCCAUGGUUAAAUUGCAUGAGGUAAUUAAAAAGGAUACAGCGAGAGACAAACCAACAAAGGUCAAAUUGUUCCCAGCAUUUCGAGGUUGCAUGGAUGAUGCCAACAAAGUAACCCUCAAAUUAUCUCAGCCUAAGCGGAGAAGAGAAGAUUAGAAUAUGCACAGCACGAACUUAAAUAAAUAAAAAAAAUUAUCCGCACUUCAAUCAUUAUUAUUAUUUUGAAGCUAUCACCUAAUCACGUGCAAGUUUUAUCACAUUAAGAUCGCGGUAAGACAACCGGAGCUGUAUCGCUAGUGAUUGGCUGGUAUAAUCAUUGGAAACAAUAAUUGUUCUUUUAAAGAUGUUUUCAC